GUCCUGUAAGAGGCGGGCGCUCACGUUCAUACGCAACAUCCGCUCUGUCGUCAUCACAGAGCGACGGUGCGGUCGAAGAGGAAAUCGCCUCGUUUUGGGACGAAAUGGCUCCAUCACCUACAAAGCGGAAGGAGGAGGAAAAAACUAAAGACAGAGGCAAAGAAAAGAUUGGUGGGAAGGAAGGAGACAAGGAGAGAGGACGGGACAAAAUAAGAAAGCGUCGCAGUGCCUCCACUGGAAGCAGCAGCAGCAGAUCUAGCUCUUCUUCAAGUAGCAGCUCUGGUUCCAGUUCGGGGUCCUCAAGCGGAUCCAGCUCAUCUGGUUCCAGCCGCUCCGGUUCCUCUGGCUCUCGUUCCUCCUCUUCCAGCUCCUCUGGCUCCCCGAGCCCCAGCCGCAGGCGACAUGACAACCGCCGCCGCUCACGCUCAGAGUCCAAAACACAGAAGAGGGGAGAUGAUAAGGAACGAAGAAAAAGAAGCCCAAGUCCCAAACCAACUAAAGUUCACCUGGGACGUCUGACCAGGAAUGUCACCAAGGACCACAUCCAGGAGAUCUUCUCCACUUAUGGAAAAAUAAAAAUGGUUGAUAUGCCUGUGGACAGGCUCCACCCACACCUGUCCAGGGGCUACGCCUACGUGGACUUUGAGACCCCCGAGGAGGCCCAGAAGGCCCUCAAACACAUGGACGGAGGUCAGAUUGACGGACAGGAAAUCUCUGCUUGUGCCGUGCUGACUCAGCGAGUCCGUCCUCCACCUCGUAGGCCCUCUCCCCCUCGCAGAAUGCCCCCACCACCACCCAUGUGGCGUCGCAGCCCACCACGCAUGAGGAGGAGGUCCCGCUCCCCGAGGAGGCGGUCUCCACCACGCCGCCGCUCUCGCUCCAGAUCUCCUGGUCGCAGGCGCCACCGCUCUCGUUCCAGCUCUAACUCCUCCAGAUAGAUGGGUUUCCUGCCUCCGGAUAGCAAGUGAUCACUUGGAUUCUGCCAGUAUCAGAUCACCUGAUGUACCUGUUUUGACUGAGCUUGUGGACUUACCAGAAAUAAAAUGUUCUGAUUUGUAGCCAACAUAAAAUAUUUGCCUGCAUAUAGCAAGUUUUUUUUUUGGGGUUUCUCUUUAUAUUUUGUGUUGAUCCUUAAAAGUUGGCUCAGUGUUUUGUCAGGCUUAGUUUGGUUAAUUCCUUUUUAAGUGUUUCUUCUUUCUUUCUACCAUGUACUGGAUUUUUAGACAAUUUUGACAAAUAAAGGUGCUGAAACCGUC